AUGUCAUAUCACGUUGUAUCAAAGACUACAAUAUACUGGAAGCGUAGAGUAGUAUCUCCUUCUUAAUUGGUCUGUGGUCAUGUCAAUUUAGUUGUUUUUUUGUUGAUUUUGUUUGAGAAUUUGUCCAAAAAACAUACAUUUAAGACAAAAAACAAAAUGCUUUUUUUAAUUGCCCAUCAAUAAUAAUCAGCAUUAUUUUAAAGAAAAGGUUACUAAAAUUAUAUUACUUACUGAAAAUCAACUAACCAUAAAAAUGUUCCGGGUACCGAUGAGAACCAAAACGAUUAACCAAAAAUUACGUUUAAAGUCCACUGAUUCAAACUUUAUUAGAACUACAUUUGUGGAAUAUUUUGUCGGUAAACAUGGACACAAAUAUGUGAAAUCUAGUCCUGUGGUGCCACUAUGUGAUCCCACUGUUCCAUUUGUAAAUGCAGGAAUGAAUCAGAAAGAAGCCUGUCAAAUGGCUUGGGACCUUCUCCUUGGUCCCUACAGAUUGAAGCCAGAAAAUUUGAUGGUGACUUAUUUUGCUGGCGAUGUGGUUCUGGGCUUGACAGAAGAUAGGGAAACCAGAGACAUAUGGAAAUCCAUUGGAGUCCCGUCUAGUAAACUCAAGGCAUUGGAUUCAAAAGAUAACUUCUGGGAGAUGGGAGCUACCGGUCCAUGUGGGCCCUGCACAGAGAUACAUUAUAUCAAUGCGGAUGGUACUUUCACUGAGAUUUGGAAUCUUGUAUUCAUUCAAUUUAACAGGGAAGCCGAUGGUAAAGUGAGAAGUUUACGCCGCCAUCACGUAGACACGGGCCUGGGACUGGAGCGUAUGGCGGCGUUACUGCAGGGGGUACCGUCCAAUUAUGACACGGAUCUGUUUCAGCCAAUAAUACGAGCAAUCGAACAGAACAGCGUGGGCGUGGACAAGUACGCGGGCCGGUACGGGUCGGCCCCCGCGGAGUGCGCGUUGGACGCGGCGUACAGACGGCUCGCUGACCACGCGCGCAUGAUUGCGCUCUGUCUCGCUGACGGGGUCUUCCCCGCUUCCAAUCUCAAUUUGAAGCAGAUAAUGCGAAAAUCUUUCAAGAUAUCUUCAGACAUCUUCCAUAAUCCUCAACUACCAAGUAUACUAUAUGAGCAAGUCAAACUGACCCUGGGGUCUACAUACCCCGAGUUAGUUAGUAAAGAGAGACAAGCGAAGCUGAUCAUAGAACAUGAAGCUCAAGCAUAUGAGAAGAUGAGGAACGGACUUGUGAAGAAAUGGAAAGGUCUAGUGAAUAAAUAUCCAGAAGUUGAAAACAUGAAUGACGUAGAGCUAACAGGAUUCCCGUUAGGAUAUACGGAGUUCAAAGAGACUAUGUCCAAACUCAACUCGAAUAUCAUACCAGGAGAGCUAGUUUUCAAAUUAUACGACACGCAUGGUUUCCAAGAGGAGAUUAUAGAGAGAUUAGCUCGUUUAAACAACUUAGAAAUAGACAAAAAAGGAUUCUGGAAACUUCUCUCGGAGCAUAAAUCAAGACACAAAACAGCUUUCAAAGAACAGGCGUCCAACCGAGCUCUCCUAUUUGACAAAGCUAUAGAGAAAAUCAUCGAUAGUGGUAUUAAAUCAACAAAUGAUCAGUACAAAUACAAUUAUGCACCUAAAGACGAUGCAAUAAGGUUUGAACCGCUUGAAACGAAAUUGGUGGCUAUAUUAAAUGAAGACUGCGAAUGGAUAGAUUUCUUAGAGCCGUGCGAAGAUAGAACUUAUUAUCUAGUGACUGAAGACACAAAUUUCUACUGCGAGGAAGGUGGUCAAAUCGCCGACAGGGGGGUGAUACGUGUAAGCGAUAAAGUAACUUUUGCUGUGGACAGUGUGUUCAAAAUUCGAGAUUUUGUUUUUCACAAAGGUCGUUUUAGUGUUGUGAAGGUAACUGAGAACAAUUAUAUUAAUUAUCGCAGUGAUGUCACUUUAGAAAUAGACGCUAAUAGAAGAGUGAAUGUAAUGAGAAAUCACACGGCCAUCCACUUGUUGAACGCGGCGAUUAGGAAAGUACUGCCGCACAGUGUCGUAUGUGCCACCGGUUCUAGUGUUACUGAUAAUGGACUCUAUUUAAAUUUGUCGGUUUAUGGCGAGAAGUUGACGCAAGAGGUCGUCCUAAACGCACAAGAGUUAGUUAGAGAGUUGUGUUGCGGCACGCACGUCCCCUCCACCGCCUGUAUAGAGGAGUUCUGCAUCACGCUAGCGCUUGAGUUAUUCUGUCGAGCGAAGAAACUAGAACAAGUUAUAGAUUUAGUGCACCCAGACCGUCGCAAGGAAGAGAUCUCCGACAUGAAGCGUGAGUUGACAGCCCUGUGCGGCACUAAUGGCGCCCCCUACGGAGAGUACGCUCAGUGCGUCGAGUUGUUGGACAAACUGAAGGAUAGGACUGCCAAGAUGGACGACGCGGCGUUACAGGACAUAGCGGCGGCGGAGAUCCGCGAUGCGUUCUCGCUGGCCGCGCGCGAGGGCCGCCGGUUCGUGGUGCACUUCGUCCGUUGCUCGUACCUCAUGCAGGGGGCGGGGCUUGCGGCCGCGCUGCGUGGCCCCGCCCCCGGCCCCGGCCCCGCCCCCGCGCUGCUGCUGGGCUGCGCUGGCGGAGUAGUGAUCGCCGUCGCUACUGUACCUAGGGAGAUGGUAACUGAGCAGUUCACGGCGGAGAAAUGGUUAAGAUGCGUCACUCCCGUGUUCCAGGCGUCGGUGCUGCCCGCACGUGACUGCGAUCCGCAAACUCAUGCGCAGAUGACGGAGACCAAGGUACGAUAUAAUAUAACCCUGGUAAGGUUCUGCGAACGGUUCCGUAACAGAAACGAGCAAAAAGAAAUGUUGCAUCUCUUUGCUCGUUCAAAAUAUCAAAAUUGA